CGGAAGUAUAGGGGCGAAUGAAUACCGAAUAAUGAACAAGUAGCCUAACCCUAACCCUAACCCUUUAAACCGAUUCACAACUUAUAUAGUGCGGAGGAACAUCCGAUCGGUAAUUCUAAAGUUUAGCCGUACUUUGUUAUUUAUUGUGAACAAGUACAGUUUUCAUUGCCAGCGACAUACAAUCUGAAAUGAAAAGUAAGAUUGAAAUACCCUCCAUAAAACAGGAUAUGAUCAAUGAACUUUUCUCUUGGGGUGUAUAGCCCGGUAUGCUUGUACACAGUGAAGAGGAAUAUUUUCACAUGGGAUGGGGAUUAAUCAAUAAGUUUGUGCGGGUCGUAUGUGCACAAAUUACCACAUACAGAACUGGUGUACUUCUUCCGCAAAAUCACUGUAAGGAAUUUGGGUAGCGUGAGUACGGAGCUUGGAUAACACUUUUGGAAUUUGGUUGCGUAGUGCAGAGGCCGGGAUUGCUGCAAAGGUCUCAUCAUGGGCAACACUUCAUCAGUGACUCCAUUCAGGAAAGCUAAACUGCUCCACGAGUUUUACACAUUCUACGAUAUCACGCAAGAUGGCGAGCUAGACUGGGCUGACUUCAAUCAAGCAAGACAGGAAAUAUGCGAGAUGAGCGGGUGGAGCCCGUCUUCCAAAAAUUAUGUUGAAACACAAGAUAUGUUCGUAAAGAUCUGGAGAAGUUUACAGAAGAAAGCGGACUCUGAUUUAAAUGAAAAGAUUAACAAAGAUGAAUGGGUUGCCAUGUGGGAGGCCUACGGCAAAGAACAAUUCGAUGAAAAUGAGCUGGCCAAGAAAGAAAAACGCCAGCCCAAAAACAUGUUCCCUGAUUGGUUGGAAAAGUAUAUAGAAUACAAGUUUAGAUUAUACGACAGAACAGGUGAUGGCGAGCUCGACGCAGACGAAUUUGCCUUUGUCCUUGAAAAGUUUAGAAUCAAGGAGAAGGACGCAAGGCAGGCAUUUACUUUAUUCUCAGAGGCCAAUACUAAACGCGUCGACUUGCCGUACUUCAAAACUCUCUGUUACCAGUAUUAUCUCUCGGAGGACCCCGCUGACCUUGGAAAUUUCAUCACAGGCAAGCUACAUUUCGACACAGAAGAGGAAGAAAAGUAGUAAUCCACGCAUGCGUAUUCGGAUAUCGUCUUCUUUGAAUCGUUUUCUAAGAUGCGCUAGGUGGCGCGUUGUGACUUAUAAUGCCACCUGAAUUUGUUAAGUCUGGCUAUUGCUUCUGGCGAUAGUUACUGGGGUCAGUCAGAAACGAGUCGGGCAUUUUUGAAAUUACUUUAUCUCAUGUUCUCCUGAUGCAUUCCUCUUGAUUUAGAAUGUAUUAUACCGUAGUUUAUCCCCUUUUUAUAUUGUGAACUUGCUUGAUAGUAUAGGGUCUUUCGCUCGAAAGAAAUAACGGAUAGCACAGCCGCUUUCACCAGCAGUAGUUACGGCGAUAACAUGUGUAUGCCUUGGGUCAACGUGGGUAGACCUGGCAAGUGUUUUCAAUCAUUAUAUCUGCCAGCCAAAGUACCCAUGGGUCUAAAAUCGGAUUAUCUAAGAUGUCGGCAAAAAUAACAAAAAACAAAGAUCUAAAAAAUACUCAUUUUUUAUGUGAGUAGCGGCAAUAAUGUAAUUUUUAGUAAGCUUUUCCAACCUUUCACUCAGACUAGCGACUGUAGUCAGUGACAACUCUUUUUUACGCGUAUAGGCGAACAGAACGUGAAACUGGCCUUAGCAUAGUCGUUAGGCUAACAAGGGAUUAAGAAUGCUCACUAAAUGGUAAUAGUACGAAUACAUGUAUAUUUCAGGCAAUGCAAUAUUAAUCGUCAUCAAUACUAAUGCUGCCAGUUUUCAUGAGCUCUUUCCUUCGAUUUCGUGAUCAAGUACUUUUAUUCAUGCUUAAAAUAAAAGCAAGCCUAUUCCUGCCAGUAGCAAUUGCAUUUUUUUUGCUGAGGCUGUUAGCGGUUUAGAAGCCGCUGUACAUGUGGUUAUGUGGUUACAGGGGUAUUUGGGCUAGUCGUCAAGAAGUCGAACCCAAUAGUCGACGGCGUGUGACUUUGGCAUUUCUUUUCUAAAUCGCUUUUCUAUAUAUAUAUAUAUAUAUAAUGUAGUAACAGCCGUUCUGACAGCCGCUCAGCGGAGAGUUUAUCGGCGGUGAAGGAUGGAUAUACGCACAACGACGGUAACGGCAUGACGCUUGUCAUGAAGUAAGUACUUAGCCAGCAUGCAAAUACUGUACUGCAUCAAGUUCAUAGUCAAGUAAAGGCUGUUAUCAUCUCAAGUAAGAAACAACUGUGACACCGUUGUACUGUUUUUUGGUCUGUUCUCCAUAUGCAGUGUUUCAAUACCGAAGACACCUUACAAUGGUGUUUCAAUAGUGGAAACAGAGAAGAUGUGUCAAUCUGUCUUUCAGUGUUUCCAAACAAUGUGGUAAAACACUCCGAAACAAUAACACUCAAAAACAUGACACCGGUGUAAUAUCAGUGAGUGUUUCUUUGUGCUAGAAGUUUACCCUAUUAUAAGGGCCCGAGUGGUAGUUUUUUGAUUAGUGUUCGCUUAAUCCGUGAAUAGGCCAGGGGAACAAGCAAGAUGGGAAACACUGAAAAAUGGGGAACCGCCACAGAUGUAACGCCUGUUCUUUAGCUUGCCUGUACUGCUGUGCAGUUGAAUCUGCAUUAUUAAUGGGAAGGCCCAUGGCAAGGCGUCCCAAUCUUUGUUUUCCCUAACCAAAAGCAUGGUAGAUGCCGAAGUAAUGAUGGAUCGCCUGGCACGGUCUGUAGGGUUUCGAACAAUUUCAUACUCCUCUGCAUUUUCAUGGUAAUCUUAUAAAUAUCUUUGUAUCAUAUUUAUAUCUGGACUCUUUGGGAAAUGGUUUUGGUCUUGUUCAACUUUAUCUCAUUUUUUGAGAUUUAAUAAACACAUUACUAUUA